CCAAAAUGCCCCUCAUCACCGACUUCACUCUACCCACAUCGCCAAAGCACCUCGAAUUGCCCGAGAGCAAUGAUGCAAAAGCCUUCAUUGUGUUUGUGACUUCCGAUGACCCUUUGACCGGUCAAUCCUGGUGCCCGGAUGUCCGUGCCGCGUGGCCAGUUCUGGAAGCCACGUUCUCCGGGGCGAACGCACCGGCACUGAGAGUGGUUGAGGUUGGACAGAAGCCAGAGUGGAAGGAUCUCCAGAAUGUCUACCGCACAAACUGGAAGGUCCCUUGUAUCCCGGCGUUAGUGCGAUACGAACACGUCAACGGUGAGACAGUCGAGACGGGGAAGUUGGUCGAAGGAGAGAUUCUAGAUAAGAAGAAGCUAGGGGACUUUAUUGGUGCGACGCUUUAAUCGUUGCUAUUGAUGUGUAUACGAACCUUUUCCGACUGAGAUAGAAAGGCACAAAUCCCAAUUAAACGACUUUCCAUGUUUAGACCUGGAAAGAAUUUGGCCAAGGAAACACAGCAUCGGUAACCGGGCCGGAGCUAUCAAAAAAGAACAGCCCAUUAAUUUACCGUUUGAUAACCAACCGCUUGGGGCCCCUUGGAUGAGCCAAGUAACUCAACCUCUUAAAGAGACAUGCUUUUCGAUACUAUCGUCUAUAGUCUUGUCGUCCAGCCAGGCUGCGGUAAAACCAUACGUUUCUUGUUUUGUCCACCGAUGACCGGCCUCUCUGAU